UGUUAACAACUAAUAUUCGUCUAGGUUCUUUCAGGGUUCUUUGAUUUGGCAAUCGCAAUAUGUUCUCUCAGUUCAGACACGCUGUAGAGACAUUGGCCCCGCACCCAAGGAUCAGCACUGACGAACCUCCUCACAGCGAUGGCGACAGUCCUUCAUCUAAUCCUCGUUCACAGUCUAUAGAUUUGACUUCUCCCACACAGCUGGCAGAAAACGCUCUAUCCAGUCUGUCUAGUUUGCGCAAAUCCUUCUCUCCUACUCUGCCUGGAACGCCUUCUCCUCCAAAUGCAAAAUCUCCCUCUACUCCACGACCUUCUACUCCGCGGCCUUAUAAAUCUACCCUUGAAGAACGCCUUCGGGCAGCAACAGCAUUCACUAUUGGAGAAGCGUCUAAUACUACUACACCACAACCGUCAGCGAGAGCUUCUCCUGCACCUUCCAUUGCCCCACGGGAUCAACCACUGUCACCUGUGUCGCCACUGUCUACUCCUCUUCCGGAAUCGCCGAUAUCGUCACAACCUUCCACAGAGUCAGAGCCCCCCCAAGAUCUCCUGGGAAACCUUUCUCUUGAUGUAAACCCUUCUGGGAGAGGGGAGCCACCGACUGACGCGACUGUGUCCGUGGAUCCGGCUGUCGGUAAUUCGGAGACUAGUGAGAAACGUUCACGUUCACAUCCAGGACCGGACCCAGAUGUAAUAGGGACGACUAGAGAGAAUUCCUCAAACACAAAGGAGCACGUUGAUGGAAUAGUGGAAGGAAUUGCCCAAGAUGAAGUGAUUGCCCCCAUCGAGUUGAACGCGUCUAAGGAUACGAAGGAGGCAACUGACACAGAAGCACCGGAAGAACCGCCGAUUUCUCCUAUCAAUAAGGUCCAAGCCUUAGACUCAGAGGGAUCCUCAUCUACCUCUGUUACAUUGGUUCCAAGCUCAACAACAACCACGGUAGAGGAGUUGCAGCAACGGCUCAAACUCGUUGAACAGCGCUUCACAGACGUGUCUACUUCAUUCAAACGUCUUCAAGCUGAAAAAACGGCAGCCGAUACCGUUCUACGGGAAUUUACCCCCCUUGAAUCAUUGCGGGAAAAUGAUGCAUUGAGGGAUUAUCUCCAAAAUGUCUUAUUAAAAACUGAGCUCUCCCGAGAUGAGAUCAAGCAUCUCAAUACGAAACUUCAGACACAAGAGAGUCGCAUCGAAGAACUACGCGAUACUCAUCGUUUAGAAUCUCGUUCUCAGAUCGACCAAAUUGACAACCUCAAGAAACAACUGGAGGAAUCGGAGCUCCUCAUCAAAGCCUCUCAAGCAAAUUCAGAUGAGGUAACAAAGCUCAAAGCUGAAAAUGAACGGUUGAACGGAGAGGUCGCGAAAGGGAAGGAACUGGCUAAGGACGAGGAAGAGAAAAGGAUGAAAGCCAUUAGCUUACUCAAGACUGUUAGACAGAAGCUGACCAGGGCUGAGAAGGACAGAGAUGAUGCGGUCAAAGAAGUAUCAGCCUUGAAGGAAAAGGAAAAGGGGGAACGAGCCAGAGAAGAGACGGAAAGAUCAAAGCACCAGAGUGAAAUUGAUUCACUCAACACAGAACGGGAUAGAGCAAUCGCUGGUCUGAGAACUCAGUUCGAUAAAGAGCUUGUAGUGGCUAGGGAACGUCAUGAGAAGGAACUGGCCGCUCUGAGAGCGGAGCUGGAACUUGAAACUGUGACCGUCAAGGCAACCUUUGAAAAAGAAGUUUCCAAUAAAAAUUCUCGAAUCACUCAACUUGAGAACUCACUCAAUUCCGUCGUCCGGGACAAGAAUUCUUUUUUCGAGCAGGUGCAGAUACGCCAGGCAGAAGUCGAAUCUUCACAGGCUCACCUCGAGUCCUUGCAGAGCCAGAACGCAGAACUUCAGUAUCAACUCCGCGAACAAAGCGAUCGAAUUAUUCUUUUGAACGAAGAGCUUCUCGAGGCGCGGCGCGAGCAUGAUACAGUUUCGUCGAAAUAUUCUUCUAUCUCCACCUCUCCCGAAGACACCGCACACUUGCUUUCUUCGGUCGAAGUCAAAUACGAAGCCAAGUUGACGGAGUUGAAAAGGGUGUUGAAGAAUACAGAGAAAGAAAGAAACGAGAGCGAUGCUGAAUGGAGUAGAAAACUUCGUGAAAAGAACCAAGAGAUGGAGAAGCUUAGUACUCGACUUGGGACAGCGAUUCAGUCAAAGGCUCAGGACCAUGGGCUUGUGGAAAAUCUGAAGGUGGAAAUAUCACACCUCCAGCAACAGAUCCAAAUAAGCCAGAACGAGAUGUCUCAGGUGCGUAUGCAGAUAGCACAGCUUAAAGAAAAUGAGAAUACGUUCAAUACCCGUGAGACUGAGAUGGAGACCAAAAUCAAGGUUCUCGAACAAAAACUAGAGGAGGGCAAGUCGAGAGAGAGUCAGUUGCGGAGCAACAACAAGACCCUCCGUGAAGAACUACGCAAGGUCCAAUCUUCUGCUGCAUUGCUUGAACGUCAGCGGAAUCCCGGUAUUGGGUAUUGGACCUCUAGAAGCGAAUCUACUGCUGUUGCGUCGUCAGAUUCUGUAAAUUCUUCCUCUUCGUCUCCUCCUGCCGGUCGCACGUCGUCGGAUAAUGCACGUGAAUCCCCUGUCAAGAAAGAGGAAGAAGAGGUCAAUUUAGAAUACCUCCGGAAUGUGAUUCUUCAGUUCCUAGAGCAUAAGGAGAUGAGACCCAAUCUCGUUCGAGUGCUCUCGAUCAUCUUACACUUUACUCCACAAGAAACACGCCGGUUGGUUGCCAAAGUGUAGUUACUGUAGUGUGGAAAUUUGUAUACCCUCGAUUUUAUA